CAGCGUGAGAAAAAGCUUACUGUAUCCCACUGCGCAGGCGCCUCUCGUGGCGAGGGGGCGGGGCUAAGCUUUUCCCCGGUCUCACAGACCCAGUUCCAGUGCCGGUGGCGCGGGAGCGUGCGCGCGCCGGGAAGCAGCCGGAGCUCUGGCGGCGUGCGCGCGCGUUGUAUUGCGCGCGGCCAUGAGGCCACGGAGCUCUGCGGGAAUGCACGCAGCAGCCUUCCGUUUAGGCCAUGGCCAAGUUCCGAGGGAGGUGUUCUAUGAAGUCCCUCUUGCCACAGGCCUGGGCUUCUGGUGCAGGAUCCUGAGCUCUCCAGUUUCAAGUCUCGGCUCUUGGUCCCCAGCUCCAGAAGGAGGGUCCCACAAAGCUAUUGUGCUCUGCCGGGCAGGGGCUGGGGUGAGGGCUCCUGGACUUCGCCGGAUCGCGCCCCGUCUCCAUUAGGUUCCGGUUUUGGAGCUGAGGGCGAGCGUCCCAUUUGUACUGCCAUGAAUUAUAUAUUAUGUAUAGGUUUUGUACACUGCAGGCCUACAAAAUGCAGUUAUGUGCCAUGUAUGUGGAGGUAUAUGCCCUGGGUACAUCCACGUGUGUACUGUGCACACAGGUAUCCAGGCAGAUGCACGUCUACACGCCUGCGCAGUGCAGAGGAGGCCCAGCUCCGGCCCCCAGGGAUGGACCUCGUGGACCCUGACAUUUUCAAUAGAGACCCCCGGGACCACUAUGACCUGCUACAGCGACUGGGUGGCGGCACGUAUGGGGAAGUCUUUAAGGCUCGAGACAAGGUGUCAGGGGACCUGGUGGCACUGAAGAUGGUGAAGAUGGAGCCUGAUGAUGAUGUCUCCACCCUUCAGAAGGAAAUCCUCAUAUUGAAAACUUGCCGGCACGCCAACAUCGUGGCCUACCAUGGGAGUUAUCUCUGGAUGCAGAAACUCUGGAUCUGCAUGGAAUUCUGUGGUGCUGGUUCUCUCCAGGACAUCUACCAAGUGACAGGCUCCCUGUCAGAGCUCCAGAUUAGCUAUGUCUGCCGGGAAGUGCUCCAGGGACUGGCCUAUCUGCACUCACAGAAGAAGAUACACAGGGACAUCAAGGGAGCUAACAUCCUCAUCAAUGAUGCUGGGGAGGUCAGAUUGGCUGACUUUGGCAUCUCGGCCCAGAUUGGGGCAACGCUGGCCAGACGCCUCUCUUUCAUUGGGACACCCUACUGGAUGGCUCCAGAAGUGGCAGCCGUGGCCCUGAAGGGAGGAUACAACGAGCUGUGUGACAUCUGGUCCCUGGGCAUCACGGCCAUCGAACUGGCCGAGCUACAGCCACCGCUCUUUGAUGUGCACCCUCUCAGAGUUCUCUUCCUCAUGACCAAGAGUGGCUACCAGCCUCCCCGACUGAAGGAAAAAGGCAAAUGGUCGGCUGCCUUCCACAACUUCAUCAAAGUCACCCUGACUAAGAGUCCCAAGAAACGACCCAGCGCCACCAAGAUGCUCAGUCAUCAACUGGUAUCCCAGCCUGGGCUGAAUCGAGGCCUGAUCCUGGAUCUUCUUGACAAACUGAAGAAUCCUGGGAAAGGACCCUCCAUUGGGGACAUUGAGGAUGAGGAGCCCGAGCUACCCCCUGCUGUCCCUCGGCGGAUCAGAUCCACCCACCGCUCCAGCUCUCUGGGGAUCCCAGAUGCAGACUGCUGUCGGCGGCACAUGGAGUUCAGGAAGCUCCGAGGAAUGGAGACCAGACCCCCAGCCAACACCGCUCGCCUACAGCCCCCCCGAGACCUCAGGAGCAGCAGCCCCAGGAAGCAACUGUCAGAGUCGUCUGACGAUGACUAUGACGACGUGGACAUCCCCACCCCUGCAGAGGACACACCUCCUCCACUUCCCCCCAAGCCCAAGUUCCGUUCUCCAUCAGACGAGGGUCCUGGCAGUAUGGGGGAUGAUGGGCAGCUGAGCCCGGGGGUGCUGGUCCGGUGUGCCAGUGGGCCCCCACCACACAGCCCCCGUCCUGGGCCUCCCCCAUCCACCAGCAGCCCCCACCUCACCGCCCAUUCAGAACCCUCACUCUGGAACCCACCCUCCCGGGAGCUCGACAAGCCCCCACUUCUGCCCCCCAAGAAGGAAAAGAUGAAGAGAAAGGGAUGCGCCCUUCUGGUAAAGUUAUUCAAUGGCUGCCCCCUCCGGAUCCACAGCACAGCCGCCUGGACACAUCCCUCCACCAAGGACCAGCACCUGCUCCUGGGGGCAGAGGAAGGCAUCUUCAUCCUGAACCGGAAUGACCAGGAGGCCACUCUGGAGAUGCUCUUUCCUAGCCGGACUACGUGGGUGUACUCCAUCAACAACGUUCUCAUGUCUCUCUCAGGAAAGACCCCCCACCUGUAUUCUCAUAGCAUCCUGGGCCUGCUGGAACGGAAAGAGACCAGAGCAGGAAACCCCAUCGCUCACAUUAGCCCCCACCGCCUACUGGCAAGGAAGAACAUGGUUUCCACCAAGAUCCAGGACACCAAAGGCUGCCGGGCGUGCUGUGUGGCGGAGGGUGUGAGCUCUGGGGGCCCGUUCCUGUGCGGGGCAUUGGAGACGUCCGUUGUCCUGCUUCAGUGGUACCAGCCCAUGAACAAAUUCCUGCUCGUCCGGCAGGUGCUGUUCCCACUGCCGCCGCCUCUGUCCGUGUUCGCGCUGCUGACCGGGCCAGGCUCUGAGCUGCCCGCUGUGUGCAUCGGCGUGAGCCCCGGGCGACCUGGGAAGUCGGUGCUCUUCCACACGGUGCGCUUUGGCGCGCUCUCUUGCUGGCUGGGCGAGAUGAGCACCGAGCACAAGGGACCAGUGCAGGUGACCCAGGUAGAGGAGGAUAUGGUGAUGGUGUUGAUGGACGGCUCUGUGAAGCUGGUGACCCCGGAGGGGUCCCCAGUCCGGGGACUUCGCACGCCUGAGAUCCCCAUGACCGAAGCGGUGGAGGCCGUGGCUAUGGUUGGAGGUCAGCUUCAGGCCUUCUGGAAGCAUGGAGUUCAGGUGUGGGCUCUAGGCUCAGAUCAGCUGCUACAGGAGCUGAGAGACCCUACCCUCACUUUCCGUCUGCUUGGCUCCCCCAGGCCCGUAGUGGUGGAGACACGCCCAGUGGAUGAUCCUACUGCUCCCAGCAACCUCUACAUCCAGGAAUGAGUCCCUAGGGGGGUGUCAGGAACUAAUCCUUGCAUCCCCUCCCCCACAGACACACUAGUGGUCAUGGCAUGUCCUCAUCUCCCAAUAAACGUGACUUUAGCCUCUGC